UAUAUAUAAAUGAGGUUUUCUUGAAAGUCGAUUAUUGUUACUUUCCUGCUGGUCCAAUUCUGCUGUCUCUCCACUAGUCCUUCAACUUCCCUCACAAAUUACUUCUCUUCAGAGGCUUCAUCUUUUAAACUUCUUUCAUCAUCCCACAGGAAUGACUUCGGUUGUUCUGGACUUUGUCCAAAUGGUGAGAAUAAUCCUUUGUGUGGAGAAAAAUGAGAUGAUGGCAAUGGAAACUCAGGAGAUGGAUGAAAUAAUUGUCAAGUUGAGUCUGGCUGGGACUGAACAACUCCUUAUCAACAAAUAUCUGUAUGAACAAGAAGAUGAGGAAACGGGAGUAAUGACUCUGGUGAGGAAUGUGAUGAUAGCAAUGGGUCAGAUGGAGAUGGAUGCGACCAGAAUUGAAAUAUAGAAUCAGGAUAUACAUGCAGUGGAUGGCCCUCAACUUGAGUCGCUAAUCCAUGAUCAAAUGGAACCAUAGAUUCUGGGGAACAGUGUGAUGAUAAUAAUGGAACAGAUGGAGAUGGAUGUAGUUCGUCAUGCCAAAUAGAGCCAGGUUACGAAUGUUCAGGAACACCUAGCUCAUGAAACUUAAUCUGAAGUAAUUCAGUUAUUGAUUCAGGAGAACAAUGUGAUGAUGGCGAUGCUACUUCAGGAGAUGGAUGAAACUCAACCUGCCAAAUUGAAUCUGGAUAUGAGUGAAAUGGAACUCCAAGUUCUUGAAAUUUAAUUUGAAGCAACUCAGCCAUUGAUUCAGGCGAGCAAUGUGACGAUGGAGGAGUAGCUGCAGGAGAUGGUUGAGAUGCUUCCUGACAAAUCGAGUCAGGUUAUGAAUGAAAUGGAACACCUAGCUCAUGAAACCUGAUCUGAAGUAACUCAGUUAUUGAUUCAGGAGAACAAUGUGAUGAUGGUGAUGCUACUUCAGGGGAUGGAUGAAAUUCAGCCUGCCAAAUUGAAUCUGGAUAUGAGUGAAAUGGAACUCCAAGUUCUUGAAACUUAAUUUGAAGCAACUCAGCAAUUGAUUCUGGGGAACAGUGUGACGAUGGAGGAGUCACAGCAGGAGAUGGUUGAGAUGCUUCAUGACAAAUCGAGUCAGGAUACGAAUGAUCAGGAACUCCUAGUGUUUGCAAUCUUAUCUGAAGUAAUGGAGUAAUUGACACUGGAGAGCAAUGUGAUGACAAUGGUGUUACUCCAGGAGAUGGCUGUAGUGCAACUUGUCAAAUAGAGUCAGGUUAUGAAUGAAAUGGAACGCCUAGCUCAUGAAACCUGAUCUGAAGUAACUCAGUUAUUGAUUCAGGAGAAACAUGAGAUGAUGGAGGAGUGACUUCAAGUGACGGAUGAGAUGCAACAUGACAAAUAGAAUCAGGGUGGGAGUGCUCUGGAGCUCCUAGUGCUUGAAACCUUAUCUGAAGUAACUCUCGUAUAGAUUCGGGUGAGCAGUGUGAUGAUGGAGGCUCAUCAGGAGGUGAUGGCUGAGAUUCAACUUGUCAAAUAGAAUCUGGAUGGGAAUGUUCAGGAGCACCAAGCUCUUGUAACUUGAUCUGAAGCAAUGGGAGAAUUGACUCAGGAGAGCAAUGUGAUGAUGGUAAUCUCAUCAACGGAGAUGGCUGAGAUAGCACAUGCAAUAUUGAAGGUGGUUGGGAAUGACCUACUUCAAAUCCAAGUUCUUGCAAUCUCAUCUGAUCCAACUCCAGAAUUGAUGGUAGUGAAACAUGAGAUGAUGGCAACCUUAUCAACGGAGAUGGCUGAGAUAAUACUUGUCAAAUUGAAACACUCUAUGAAUGUCCAAUAUCCAACCCAAGCGUAUGCAACUUAAUUUGAAGCAAUAGUGAGCAUAACUCACCAGAAGAAUGCGAUGAUGGAAACACAGUUGACAAUGAUGGGUGAGACAGCAACUGUAAAAUUGAAGAAGGAUGGGUCUGAUCAUCUUAUCCAAGUCAGUGCUCAUUUUGAGGAGAUGGUAUCACAGAAGUGUUAGAGACUUGUGAUGAUGGAAAUACUCUUCAGGAUGAUGGUUGUGAUGAAGUGUGUUCAACAGAACAAUAUUAUCAAUGUACUGGACAGCCCUCCAUCUGAAAAAUAUCAAAAAUAGAAGCUACAGCUGGAGUACAACAAAUUGGGAAUUCAGUAUCGUCAUCAUUAAAUGCAGGAAUGUCAUUACAACUAGUAAUAGCAGUGGUAUUGGGUCAGAGUUUAUCAUCAAUGUGGAUUCUCAUUAACACUCUCCAAAUCAUCCAUUACUCUGCAAUGAUGACUUUGUACUUUCCUAAAAUCAUGGUCACUCUGUUCAGUUUCCUUGGAGUAGCCAACCUUGAAAACAAAAUGUUCUCGAAGCUGUACUUGCUCCACUUCGACAGCUCUCAAGUUGAAGACAGAGCUUCUUGGGAUUACAGGUUUGAAAACCAGAAUGUAGAGUCGACCAAUGUGCUUCUAAACUGAGCUGAUAUGUUCUUUGCAUUGAUUUUAUUGGUUCUAUACAAUAUAUUUAUCAUGACUCUUGCUUGAAUAUUAGGAAGAUGGUGGCCAAGUGGUACCAAGCUUAAAAAGGAUGCAAAAGUUUGCACCAAGCUAAUGACUUUCAUCAGCAAGCGAAUCAGUGUUAUGCAAGAAGACUUUUUCUUCAACUCAGUUUAUAGAAUUGCUUUUGAAUUAUUUCUAGAUAUCUGUUUUGCAAGUCUGUACAGCAUUUAUAAUAUGAAAUGGGACAACUACAUUGAUUACUAUUCUAACAUAGUUUCAUUUAUCUGGGCUUGCAUAUUCAGUUCGGUACUUAUCAGUAUUCCAUUUGUGUAUUUCUGGAUGCCCAAGAACUAUGACAAAGACAGUGGAAGAUUCAAAGUAUUCUUUGAAGACUUUAAGCACAAUCACAAAGUGUACAUGCUCGACCACUUUAUAUUUCUUUUGAGAAGACUAGUCUUGAUACUUGUGUUGAUAUUUAGAUGGAACCAUGGCAUCCAGCAAGCUGGCAUCUUCCUUUUUGCAUGAUUUAUUGUUAUUAUCUGGAAAAUAUUGGUCAGACCUUUCAAAGAUGUAAUUUUAAACUUUCAAGAUAUUGUGUUUGAGUUCUUACUUGCUUUGGUUAUUCUGAUGUAUUUUAAAUUUACGAAUUCAGAAGAUGAGCUAACAUCUUCUGGAAUAAAUCAUAUAGUUGGAUUAGUAUUAUGCACAAUUGUACUCAUAAUGAUUUUGAUUAAUUUUGGAGUGACAGUAAAAAUAUAUAUUCACAAACUUUGAUUUAAAAAAUCUAAAGGAAAAAUAAAUAUCAAAAAGACAAUGACUAGAAUAAGAAAGAAAACAAUUCCAGAACUAAAUCUCAGGGAAGCUUACAAACGAAAAGACAACCAACAACCCACUUCCCCAAUAAAAAAUCCCAACAUCUCCACGACCACCCCUCAAAAAUCCACUACCUCCACUACAAAUCUCGCUCUCUCCCCUUCCAAAUUCUACUCCCGCUGCCGGUCACCUACCUCCCACGCCCACAUGUCCAAGUACAAGUCAGCCAUCAUUGGCAGGGCUAAUAGGCCAGGAGGAGCUAAACUUCAUAUUGCUGCUGUGAAAUAUGCGGAUGUUAGGUUUGACAAUUCUGCAUCAUAA